AUGUCUGAAGAAAAAAAUGAAGAAAAGUUGGUCACGAAAGACGACAGCCAUUUUGUUUUUGUGUGUCCAAAGGCUAUUAUUGAAUCAAGUGGGACAACUUGGGCAAGCGAGACUAUCAGACUAAGACAGCGCCAUCCAGAUCUGUUUGACGUUCAGGAGAAUUGCGAAGCCUACAGCACAGAGUUUCGACAAGCAUGUGCGACAAUUGAAAAUGCAUGUUUUCUUUACGAUGACAUGACAGAAACAGAAGAUCUUUCAAGAGCCCAGGCAGAACAUACAUGCAUAUACACUCAGUAUGAAUGUAAACGCCUACAACAUCUUAAAAUAGAAAUCAAACCCUACCUGUCUGAUGAGGAAAUGAUGGAUAUCGAGGCUGAGAAUAAGAUCCUAUUGGGUAAUGUUAAGUCCAAACUUGAAGACCUCACAGAAAAGAUUAACCAGUGCUUGAGCGUGGCUGAUAGAAAAUCAAAGCAGCAAUUCCAAAAUGGAAUAAGAAAUGUAGCAUACUGUUGUCGAGAUACCAUAGCUUUAAUCAAAGACUUGAAAUACCCGUUGUCAAACCAAGAUGGUGCGACUUGA